UCCCUCUCCCGUCGAUCUCCCUCUUCCUCUCCGCUCGAUCUCUCUCCGCUCUCGAUCUCUUUCUAGUUUUUUUUUUUUUUUUCUUCUUCUUCUUCUUCUUCUUCUUCUUUUCUUUGGUCCAGCACGUCAAGGAGCAUUUUGCAACAUCAGAUUGGUAUGGAGGAGGUUGCACAGGCUGUCGAGAAGGCGACGAAAGAGUGGGAUCAGACAUUUGCCAAAACCCAGGAUCAUGUAAAAGCAAUUGAGAGUUGCGGGAAGUUGGGAAAAGGGACGGAUGAAGUGAAUUCUCUUCCAAGAUUGAAUGGUGCUGCGCAGGAUGGGCUGGCUUUACUUAGGUCGUUGCAAUUUAGGCUCGAUCUUCUAGCCCAACAGCUUCCCACUGAAGAAGAAGCACAAUCUGCUCAGUCAACAUUAAAAUCUUGGAAGGAGCAAUAUCAGAGCUUGCAUUUGAGCUUAAGGAAUGCUAAUUUGCAUGCAAAGGCCAAUAUCAGAAAAGCUGCACAGGAAGAGAGAGAACUUCUUUUAGGAGGCGGAGAAGAGUCCACAAUUCGGAGACGGAAUUUACAGACAAAGGCUGGAAUGACAUCUGCUGCAGAAAGCAUCACCGACAGCCUUCGUCGCACUCGUCAACUGAUGGUUCAGGAGGUGGAAAGAAGUGCAAACACACUGACGACUUUUGAGGAAUCGACCGGUGUGUUAAGAAAAGCAGAAAACGAGUACAAGGGGCACCGCUCACUGCUGAUGCGGACUCGACGCCUACUCACCACAAUGCAGCGUCAGGAUGUCCUCGAUAGGGUGAUAUUGGUUGUUGGGCUUCUCUUAUUCUCUUCUGCGGUUCUUUACGUCGUCUCCAAACGCAUUGGGCUGCUUAAAUUGCAGAGAAAGCUUACUGCUGCCAUCAAGGGGGGUUCGGUAGGACAUCUUAAUGAGCUGGUGCCAGGUCUUGAGACACUGGGUGCUGGAGAUGGUUUGAAUCAUGUGCCACAUCAUGACCAUGUACAUCCUGAUGUGGAAGUGGUGCCAGGUCUUGAGACACUGGGAGCUGGAGAUCGUUUGAAUCCUGUGCCGCAUCAUGACCAUGUACAUCCUGAGGUGGAAGUCCCGCCUGGACUUAUACAUGAUGAGCUUUGACACACACACACACACACACACACACACACUCUCUCUCUCUCUCUCUCUCUCUCUCUCUCUCUCUCUCUCUCUUCGGUUCCUCUUUAAAAUUAAUGUUGAUGAGCUUGAGAUUUGUGUAUAUCUAUGUUGUUCCAUUUUCUUUGAUUAUUUUCAUGAUCAGUUCUUCCUUUAAUUACCUGAAUACAUCUUCUAGGCAUGUUAUGGUUAAUUGGGCACGUGUUGCAUCAUGUAUGUAUUUAUAAAUGAGAAAAACUUUGAUACUCU